GGAGCAACAUCAUAAAACGACAAGAUAAUAACAAAUUUCGAAUUAUGCCAUUAUUCAUAAUUUUUUAUAAAAAAUCAUUUAAUGUGAAUUACGCAGUUGUGAACUUGUUGAGUGGUGACGACGACGAUCUACGCAAUAAAGAAUGCGUUUAUUUAAUAAAUACAAUAGCUAUGAUCUGUUACCUGGAUAUAGCAAUAAUAAUGGUUUAUUCUCCACUAAUAAUAGGAGAAGGAUCGCGCUUUACACGGAUCGUUUAAAGCCCUCAGGCAGUUUCAUAACUGGUCUGACCGUCGCCUCACUAGUUUUCACAUUCUUGUCUGUAUUCCCUAGGGCUCCACCUUCAAUCCCAUUCGCAUUCGAGGAGCCACAGCCGGAAAAGCCAGAUUGCUUGAGUUGUAGUUUGGAUCCAAACGUAGCGCUGGUAGACAGUCAUAGCGUAUCUAAGCCACUCGCUGAUCCUACACUGAACAAGCAAUUGUCAGAGUCCCAAUGUCUAAAGGAGUAUGAUGGUCUCUUCUAUGAAGCUGAACGUGCUUUCGAUUGGUGGUCAGAAAGAGGCGGUAUCACUAAAGAACACCUCGAGAAAGCUUCAGAUAAAGCUCACGGCAGAGUUGUAAUUCAUAAUAACAGGAUGUACGUUAAGGAAUACAGACACGGUGAUGUCAAUACCAGAGCUAUGGCUACCUUCGCAGCUAUUCAUGAAGCAGUUUUAACAUCUCCAGGUGCUAUUCCUAACGUCGAAUUUACAUUCCAAAUUCAAGAUGCAGGUGAUUCAUAUGAUGAACCAAUUCCUACAUUUGUUUUAGAUAGGACUGCCGAUCAACCUGAACUUUGGUUGAUGCCAGACUUCGGUUUCUGGUCAUGGCCUGAACCUAAAGUAGGAUCAUACGUUGAAGUCAGAGAUAAGGCAGGAAAAUGGGAAUCUAAACAUUCUUGGUCAGAGAAAUUACCAAAAGUAUUCUGGAGAGGUGCAUCACUUGGACUACCAAUUCGUGAUCAAUUGGUUGAUGCUGCUAGGGGUCACGCUUGGUCAGAUGUUAAAAUAAUGAAUUGGGGUGAUAUCCAACCCGGCGAUUUACUCACGAUGGAAGAACAUUGUGGAUUCCAAUACUUGAUACACGUUGAAGGUGUCGCUUAUUCAGGUAGACUGAAGUACCUCCUUCAAUGCCACUCAGUCUCAGUCAUGCACGAAAUGAAAUUCAUUCAACACUUCCAUCACCUUUUAGAUGGACACACAAACUCAACGAAUCAAAAUGUUGUUAUAGUACCUUUACCUGAAAAGAGACCUGGUAGUAAUACUGAGCCAGACCCUUGGCAACGUUUACCAGAGGUUAUGAACGAAUUAAGAAAGCACCCAGAUAGAGUUAGGCAGAUCGCAGAUAAUAGCUGGAAUGGUUUAAGAAAUAGAUACCUCACACCUUCAGCUACAGUUUGCUAUUGGAGACGAUUAUUUAGCCUUUGGCAUGAAGCACAGGCAUUCGAAGUUGAAGUAGGCGAUGACUACAUCCCGUAUGAAAGUUUCAUGCUCAUGGGUACAACCGAUUGGUCUGCUCACUAGAUACGUCCUCAUAAUCAUUUCCAUCAUCAACAUUAAUUACCGACUUGUAAAGUAAUCAACUACACUCUCAAUUCGAUUAGAGACAAAACUUUAUCUUUUACUUAGUUUUAGCGUAAGAUCUCGACGAUAGAAUAUUAAUCUUCCUUUCUUGUUAGAUAAAUACAUUU